AUGGCCUCGCCCGCUGCCGUCGAGCAGCUGGCCCAGCUGGCCGGUAACCUUUCGCUCACCGACGACCAAUUCCCCAACUUUUGGCCCGAGUCCAACCCGCUCGACGUCUACCGCGCACAUCUCACCAAUAUCCUGCAUGCCAUUACUGGCGUCGAUAUCAAAGUCAUCUACCCGGCAGUCCAAUGGACCACUGGCCUUGACAAGGGCGACAUGAUUGUCGCCAUCCCUGCCCUCCGUGUCAAGGGCCGGAAACCAGACGAGCUGGUCAAGGAGUACAGCGAAAAGUUCCCCCAAGACGACCCCUUGUUCUCCAAACCAGUCGUCAACGGCUACUUUCUGCAGUUCUGGUUCAAGCCCGCCCCCCUGACCUCGGCCAUCGUCCCAAUGAUCCGCCAGCAGGGCAAGGACUUUGGCGGCAACAAAAGCAUGGGCCUUCGCGACCCCAAAGACCCUAGCCAGGGCCGCAAGCGCAUCGUGAUCGAGUUCUCGUCCCCCAACAUCGCAAAGCCCUUCCACGCCGGCCAUCUCCGCAGCACCAUCAUCGGCGGGUUCCUCGCCAAUCUUUAUGCCGGCGCCGGCUGGGAUGUCACCCGCAUCAACUACCUCGGUGAUUGGGGCAAGCAGUACGGCCUACUUGCCCUUGCUUUCGCCCGUUACGGCGACGAGGAGGCCUUGGCCCGCGACCCCAUCAACCACUUGUACGAGCUCUACGUCAGGAUCAACCGGGAAAUGGCGGAGGAGAAGGAAACGAUCGAGGAGCGCAAAAAGGCGGGCGAUGACGUGACGGGAUUGGAGCAGACGAGUCUCGAUGAGCAGGCGCGCGCCUACUUCAAGCAAAUGGUGGAGGGCGACGCCGCCGCGGUUACGCAGUGGCGCCGGUUCCGUGACAUGUCCAUCGAGCGCUACAAGCAGACAUACGCGCGCCUCAACAUCCACUUCGACGAGUACAGCGGCGAGUCGCAGGUAACAGAGGAAGCUAUGGCCCGGACGGCCAAGGAGCUGGCCGACAAGGGCAUCUCGACCGAGGACCAGGGUGCCGUCAUUGUCGACUUUUCGAAGCUAAUCCCUGGCAAGGAGGGCAAGCGGCUAGAAAAGCCCAUCAUCCGGAAGCGCGACGGUACAGCGCUGUAUCUAACACGUGAUAUCAGCGAGCUGCUGGGGCGCCACGAGAAGUACAAGUUCGACCACAUGAUUUACGUUGUGGCGUCGCAGCAGGACCUGCACUUGAAGCAGCUCUUCAAGAUUAUCGAGCUCAUGGGCCACAAGGACAUCAUCUCCAAGGUGCAGCACAUCAACUUUGGUAUGGUGCUGGGGAUGAGCACGCGCAAGGGCACUGUUAAGUUCCUCGACGAUAUCCUCCGCGACGUUGGCGACAAGAUGCACGAGGUGAUGCGCAAAAAUGAGGACAAGUACGCCCAGGUCGAGAACCCCGAGGUCACAGCCGACACUCUUGGGAUCAGCAGCGUCAUGAUCCAGGAUAUGGGCGGCAAGAGGAUCAACAACUACAAAUUCGAUAUUAACGUCAUGACGUCGUUCGAAGGCGAUACUGGGCCGUAUCUCCAGUAUGCGCACGCUCGUGUCUGCUCAAUUGCACGCAAGGCGGGCCUGACGCCUGAGGAACUCGCGUCAGCAGACCUCUCGCUGCUUCAAGAGCCGCACGCGGUCCAGCUCGUCAGGAUGCUGUCGCAGUGGCCCGACGUGUUCCAGAACACACUCAAGACGUUGGAGCCAACGACGGUCAUCACGUACCUCUUCCGCAUGUCGCACGCUCUCAGUCAGAGCUACGACCAUCUGCGCAUCAUCGGUUCCGAGAAGGAGCUGAUGAAGGCGCGGAUGGCGCUCUACGAUGCCACGCGCAUCGUGCUCAGCAACGGAAUGACGUUGCUGGGUCUCAAUCCUGUCGAGCGCAUGUAG